AUGGCGACUCCGGUUGAUCCUCCUAACGGGAUUAGGAAUGAAGGAAAGCAUUACUUCUCAAUGUGGCAAAAUCUAUUCGAGAUCGAUACUAAGUACAUGCCAAUCAAACCGAUUGGCCGUGGGGCAUACGGUAUAGUCUGCUCCUCUGUUAACACUGAUAACAACGAGAAAGUCGCUAUCAAGAAGAUUCAUAAUGUGUAUGAGAAUAGGAUCGAUGCUUUGAGGACUCUUCGUGAGAUCAAGCUUCUACGCCAUCUUCGUCAUGAGAAUGUGAUUGCGUUGAAAGAUGUCAUGAUGCCAAUUCAUAAGAGGAGCUUCAAGGAUGUGUAUCUAGUUUACGAGCUUAUGGAUACGGAUCUCCACCAGAUUAUCAAGUCUUCUCAAGUUCUUAGUAAUGAUCACUGCCAGUACUUCUUGUUCCAGUUGCUUCGAGGCCUCAAGUAUAUUCACUCAGCCAAUAUCCUGCACCGAGAUUUGAAACCCGGUAACCUUCUUGUCAACGCAAACUGUGAUUUGAAAAUAUGCGAUUUCGGGCUUGCACGGACGAGCAACACCAAGGGGCAAUUCAUGACUGAAUAUGUAGUGACUCGUUGGUACAGAGCUCCCGAGCUUCUCCUCUGCUGUGACAACUACGGAACAUCCAUUGAUGUUUGGUCUGUGGGUUGCAUUUUCGCCGAGCUGCUUGGUAGAAAACCGAUAUUCCAAGGAACGGAAUGCCUGAACCAGCUUAAACUCAUUGUCAACAUUCUCGGAAGCCAAAGAGAUGAAGAUCUUGAGUUUAUAGACAACCCGAAAGCUAAAAGAUACAUUAGAUCGCUCCCGUUCUCACCAGGGAUGUCUUUCUCCCGUCUUUACCCUGGAGCACAUGUUUUAGCCAUCGACCUUCUUCAGAAAAUGCUUGUUUUUGACCCGUCGAAGAGGAUUAGUGUCACGGAGGCGCUUGAGCAUCCUUACAUGGCGCCUCUGUAUGACCCGAAUGCAAACCCUCCGGCUCAAGUUCCUGUUGAUCUCGAUGUAGAUGAGGAUUUGGGAGAGGAGAUGAUAAGAGAGACGAUGUGGAAUGAGAUGCUUCAUUACCACCCACAAGCUUCAACCUUAAACACUGAGCUCUGA